AUAAAGUCGGGGAAUGGUGUUGUUUUUCUCUUCAGCUUUUCGGUAGGGGAAUUUCGUGAGGAACGCGUUUUGGUUUUUGGAAAUGCCGAAGGUUGGUAUUGACGAUGGUGAUCUUUUCUUGGUAGGGUCUUUGCGUAGGCAGGUAAGGUAGGCCCUACUCAUCGUUCCCAGUUCUUGGACCCUUUUCGGUGGGCCAACAGCAAACAGCGCAACGCGAUCAACGGUAUCUGCUCACAGACUGACAGACGUACGCACAAUUUUAUAUAUAUAUUCUUUUUUUGUUCGUUGCCUCGUUCUUAUUAUUAUUAUUGGUCGUUUCGCGUCUAGAGGAGAUGGUUGAUAAAGCGCUCCAAUAAAUACAGCAGCCACCCAUUCAUUUGUAUCACGCUGUUAUUAUCAUCAUCAAACCGCGGAGCGACUGACGCCGAUCAUAGUUAUAGAAUUUGCUACUUAUCAGUAACGGUAAGCUAGUACCAAGUGCCAAGUUUGGAGCUGUACGGAACGGACGUCCUCAGGUAUAGGACACAGAGCUGCAGUGAAAAGUGCUACCAAGAGCCGUACAUCAUCUUCUACACCGAGGUCCUGAACCUAUCAACCCUGGCAAAAUUCCAUAAAGUUUCCACUCUCUUCUGCGACCUUGAACGUCCUCCGGGUUAACUACACCGAAAAAGGGAUCUGGCUUGUGUACAAUUCAGUGAACCAACGAAACAAUUAAACCGUCAUCAAUGUAAAGCACGGAUCUUAUCCUGUUUUAACAUUUAUGAUCAACAUAAAUGUUUUAAGGAUACCUAUCGGAAAGUAGUGUAAAAACCAUGGCGGGCAACAAGGAUCCAGAGUUUCGUUACACCGACACACCUGAUAGUACGAUGAGUCAGAGCUCACUGGGCUCUGAGCAGUUUACUGUCUCAACUAUACUAGGGCUAGUCGACGAUGGCAAGGAUACCGAUGGAGUUGUAAUUAAAGUUGAAUCUCUCCCCAAUUCAAAUAUGGGUUCUACUCAGCACACCAAUAGCUCCCAAGCGAGCUCCGACUAUAUCUUGAAAAAGGAGAAGUGGUAUUCUGUCACUCUUCAGAUCUUCAUACCGUUCAUGAUUGCCGGAGUUGGGACUAUUGGAGCUGGAGUUGUGUUGGGCAACGUCCAGGAGCACGAAGUAUUUAGGAAUGUAAAUGCGCUUUUCAUUUUGGUACCUUCGAUUCUCGGCCUCAAAGGCAAUCUUGAUAUGUGCCUGGCUUCGCGUCUCUCCACGCAGGCAAAUCUGGGAAACAUGACCUCAAAGAAAAAAAUAUUGAAGAUGAUCGUAGGCAACAUAAGCUUAGUCCAAGUUCAAGCUAUAGUGGCUGCCUGCUUAGUCUCUGUAUUUGCAGUGAGCGUAUCUGCAGUAAUGAUUGGAAAAUUCGUAUUCAAUGAUGCAAUCCUCUUGGCAGCCUCUAGUGUAGUCACAGCUACAGUAUCCUGUUUCAUAUUGGACCUGGUGUUGAUCGCUGUCAUCACUUUGGCACACCAUCUCAAAGUGAACCCGGACAACUUAGCAACUCCUCUGGCUGCAAGUAUUGGGGAUAUUGUGUCAUUGAUCCUGCUCUCGACAAUCGCCGGACUUCUGUACAAAAUACAUGAUAGCCACACUUGGGUUUUGUACAUGAUUUUAGGCUUUUAUUUAUUAAUCGCACUUCCUUUGUGGGUUUUUGUUGUAAGGAAGAAUGAAUACACCAGACCGAUAUUAACCCAUGGUUGGACUCCAGUAUUAGUAGCUUUAUUAAUUAGUGGGUUGGGUGGUCUAGUUCUGGAUUCUGCAGUUGACGACUAUCAAGGUUUUGUAGUAUUCCAACCUAUUAUCAAUGGUAUUGGUGGUAACUUGGUUUCCGUACAAUCUAGUCGAAUAUCAACCAUGUUACAUCAAACAUCCUUGCCUGGAAUUUUCCCACCUCAUACCCGCUGGUGGGUAAUGCCGUGGACUGCUCUUUUCAAAGGAGUAUUUUCUGCUAAAACUGCAAGGAUGCUGAUCAUCAUGGCAAUACCCGGUCAGACGGUAUUCGUGUUUGUCGCCGAUUUCAUUUACAACGGAGUAUCAACGGUAACACCGGAAUUCGUCUUCACCUACUUAGCUGUGGGCUUGAUCCAGAUAAUGCUGUUGCUCUACAUCGCUCACCUCCUGACCCACACCAUGUGGCGAUGGAAGAUUGAUCCAGACAACUCUGCGAUCCCGUACCUCACAGCUCUCGGCGACUUAUUAGGAUCCACACUCCUAUUUCUAGCAUUCAUGUUCCUGAGAUCCAUCAACCGUGAAUAUCAGCCGAUCAUAUGAGAAAUUUCACGAAAUUUUGUUGAGAAUGGAAGCACAAUCUCGACAAGAUUUGUUUUUUUUUAAAUAUUUAUAUGAAUUAUUUUAUAUAUUCUAAUUUGUAGUUCUCCGAUCUUCCAUUCCUACAUUUUGUUUAUCUAUAUAUCUAAUAUUUUCUAUUCCAUACCAAAGUCCUAAGACACACUAACUACUAUUUUACUAGUUGAUUUUUUUUAAUAAUUUAUUAUUUUUUGAAUGAUAUUCAUAAUGGCUGCUGAUUCACGAGGUGAAGCUUCUAAGUACCAACAAUGCACGCUCGUGAAUAGUAUUAUGUACUUAAUGAAAAUAAAGAAAUUGUGUGAACCAUUAA